GGGACCUGAGUGAGGCCUUCAUCGUUGCAGACUCCGUGGACAGAGGCCAUAGGUGCAGCUGUGAUGUCAGAGGUGGGAGACUGAUUUGCAUUUUCAGCAGGUGAGACCUGGUUAUUCAUUGGUUGGUGAGGAAAGAGAUGAUAGCCAGGGUGGCGUAAAACGGCAGUGAGCUCAGUAAACAACCCCCUCCCCGUGAUCUUGGUGGCAUCCCGCCCAGCCGUGUGAUCAAGACAGCAAGGAGCAGUCUUUAAGGCAACACGGCAGAGAGGCAGAAAAAGAUGGGCCUUACCGGUUAGUUAAGAAGAAAAGAGGACCUGGUGCCUGUCCCUCUAGCUUUGAACUACAAAGUAGAGGGGAAUUUUAUCUGGAUUUUCCUGCAGAACUGAGGGCAGGACAUGAGGCUCUGCCUGCAGUCAGCAACUUGGAAUAUUCAGACUUCAGACCAGCAUCACAGAUUAUAACCGUCCGUAAAUCACCCGCAGCCCAGCUCCCAUCAAAAGCCAGCCUGCAAGACCCAUGAACACGUGACUCCAGUGUUCCCAACAACAUCUUAAGAUCAAGUUGGUUUGAGCAACGUGAGCAUCUAUUUGGGACAAAGCAAGAACAAUAAGGGUAAAAAAGUGAAAAAAAAAAAAAAGAUCCCUGAGUAAUUGCAAAUGCUGGGACAGUUUACCACUCCAAGGUGAAGAGUCCACACCAACAUGUCUGCCUACUACAGGAAUAACGGGUCUGAGGAAGACCCAGAUUACCCUGGCUAUUCAGGGUCUCAGAACCGUAUGCAGGGGUAUUUGAAAACUCAGGGUCAUCCAGAUGUUCCAAGUCCUCUGAACAAUCCAGACUACCCUGGCCCCAGGAACAAUCCAUACUCUGUAGCCUCCAGAACACGUCCAGACUAUCCAGGGUCUCUAGCAGAACCAAAUUAUCCUGGAUCUCUGAGUAAUCCAGACUAUUCUGGCACCAGAAGCAAUGCAUACUCUGCAGCUUCUAGAACAAGCCCAGACCAUCCUACCUCUCUACCAGAGCCAGAUUAUAGUGAAUUUCAGAGUCAUCCAUACCAGCAAGCAUCAUCCAGACAGCCAGACUACCUUGGAUCUCAACGAAAUCCUGAUUUUGCAGGCUCUAGCAGCAGUGGAAACUAUGCACGCUCCAGAACACAUCCAGAUCAUUUUGACUCCUUAGAACCGGACUACUCUGGAGCUCAGAGCAACUCUGAUCAUCCUGGACCUAGAGCCAAUUUGAACCAUCCAGGCUCCAGAAGGAAUCUAGAACAUACAAGUUUUAGAAUCAAUCCGCACACAGACUCUCUGGGAAAGCCUGAUUACCCAGGCGCUGACAUUCAACCUAACUCUCCACCCUUUUUUGGGGAGCCAGACUAUCCUGGCGCUGAGGACAAUCAGAACUUGCCAAGCACUUGGAGAGAACCUGAUUAUUCAGAUGCUGAGAAUGGUCAUGAUUAUGACUCUUCUGAGACCCCAAAGAUGACCAGGGGGGCACUCAGCAGAACAUCUUCAAUCCAGCCCUCGUUUCAUCACAGGAGUGACGGCCCCUUGGGCAACCUUUGGGGAGAGAAUGAAGAUUACCCUGAAGGCAUUGAAAUGGCAUCCAUGGAGAUGACAAACUCAUAUGGCCACUCUCUGCCGGGUGCUCCUGGAAAUGGCUAUGUGAACCCUGCUUAUGUAGGUGAAAGUGGUCCUGUCCAUGCUUAUGGAAACCCAUCAUUGUCUGAAUAUGAUUGGCACAAGUCACCCCAAGGACAGAAGUUAAUUGCAUCUCUUAUACCCAUGACAUCCAGAGACAGAAUUAAAGCCAUCAGGAACCAGCCAAGGACCAUGGAAGAGAAAAGGAACCUUAGGAAAAUAGUUGACAAAGAAAAAAGCAAACAGACCCAUCGUAUCCUUCAGCUCAAUUGCUGUGUUCAGUGUCUGAACUCCAUUUCACGGGCUUAUCGGAGAUCCAAGAACAGCCUGUCGGAAAUUCUCAGUUCCAUCAGCCUGUGGCAGAAGACGCUGAAGAUCAUUGGAGGCAAGUUUGGAACCAGCGUCCUCUCCUAUUUCAACUUUCUGAGAUGGCUUUUGAAGUUCAACAUUUUCUCAUUCAUCGUGAACUUCAGUUUCAUCAUAAUCCCUCAGUUUACCGUAGCCGAAAAGAACACCCUCCAGUUCACUGGGCUGGAGCUUUUCACUGGGGUGGGUUAUUUUAGGGACACAGUGAUGUACUAUGGCUUUUACACCAAUUCCACCAUCCAGCACGGGAACAGUGGGGCAUCCUACAACAUGCAAUUGGCCUACAUCUUCACGAUUGGAGCGUGCUUGACCACCUGCUUCUUCAGUUUGCUAUUCAGCAUGGCCAAGUACUUCCGGGACAACUUCAUUAACCCCCACAUUUACUCUGGAGGGAUCACUAAGCUGAUCUUUUGCUGGGACUUCACUGUCACUCAUGAAAAAGCUGUGAAGCUAAAACAGAAGAAUCUCAGCACCGAGAUAAGGGAGAACCUGUCAGAGCUCCGUCAGGAGAAUGCCAAGUUGACGUUCAAUCAGCAGCUGACCCGCUUCUCUACCUACGUGAUGGCCUGGAUUGUCUCUACAGGGGUGGCCAUAGCCUGCUGUGCAGCUGUUUAUUACCUGGCUGAGUACAACUUAGAGUUCCUGAAGACGCACAGUAACCCUGGAGCGGUGCUGUUACUGCCUUUUGUUGUGUCCUGCAUUAAUCUGGCCGUGCCGUGCUUCUACUCCAUGUUCAGGCUCAUGGAGAGGUACGAGAUGCCGCGGCACGAAGUCUACAUUCUCCUGAUCCGAAACAUCCUUUUGAAAAUAUCAAUCGUUGGCAUUCUUUGUUACUAUUGGCUCAACAACGUGGCCCUGUCUGGUGAAGAGUGUUGGGAAACUCUCAUUGGCCAGGACAUCUACCGUCUCCUUCUGAUGGAUUUUGUGUUCUCUUUAGCCGAUUCCUUCCUGGGAGAGUUUCUGAGGAGGAUCAUUGGGAUGCAGCUGAUCACAAGUCUUGGCCUUCCGGAGUUUGACAUUGCCAGGAACGUUCUAGAACUGAUCUAUGCACAAACUCUGGUGUGGAUUGGAAUCUUCUUCUGCCCCCUGCUGCCCCUUAUCCAAAUGAUUAUGCUUUUCAUCAUGUUCUACGCCAAAAACAUCAGCCUGAUGAUGAAUUUCCAGCCUCCGAGCAAAGCCUGGCGGGCCUCACAGAUGAUGACUUUCUUCAUCCUCUUGCUCUUUUUCCCAUCCUUCACCGGGGUCUUGUGCACCUUGGCCAUCACCAUCUGGAGAUUGAAGCCUUCAGCUGACUGUGGUCCUUUUCGAGGUCUGCCUUUCUUCAUUCACUCCAUCUACAGCUGGAUCGACACCCUGAGUACACGGCCUGGCUACCUGUGGGUUGUUUGGAUCUAUCAGAACCUCAUUGGAAGCGUGCACUUCUUUUUCAUCCUCACCCUCAUUGUGCUAAUCAUCACCUAUCUUUACUGGCAGAUCACAGAGGGAAGGAAGAUUAUGAUCAGGCUGCUCCAUGAGCAGAUCAUUAAUGAAGGCAAAGAUAAAAUGUUCCUGAUAGAAAAGUUGAUCAAGCUGCAGGAUAUAGAGAAGAAAGCAAACCCCAGCUCACUCGUUCUGGAAAGGAGAGAGGUGGAGCAACAAGACGCUUUGCAUUUGGGGGAACAUGAUAGCAGUCUUGACUUGCGAUUUAGAAGAUCAGUUCAAGAAGGUAAUCCAAGGGCCUGAUGACUGUUUUGGUAACCAGACACCAAUCAAAUAAAGAGAGGAGAUGAAAAUGGAACAAUUUCUUUCAUGCCACCUGUGUCUUUAGGAACUGCCCAGAAGAAAAUCCAAGCCUUUAGCCAGGAGUAGAAACUGACUACAAUGUAAAUAUCAAAGUAAAAUUGGGCAUUCCUUGCUAUUUUUUACACCUGGAUUGCUGAUUUUUCAAGACAAAAUACUUGGGGUUUUCCAAUAAAGAUUGUUGUAAUAUUGAAAUGAGCCCACAAAAACCUAGGAAGAGACAACUAGGGAAUAAUGUAUUUUAUCCUCAGGAAAUGUGUGCAUGAUUGAUUGGUUCUUAGAAAUCUCUCCUGCCAGACUUCCCAGACCUGGCAAAGGUUUAGAAACUGUUGCUAAGAAAAGUGGUCCAUCCUGAAUAAACAUGUAAUCCUCAAGCAGGGAUAUGAAGCCUCUGAAUUGUAGAACCUGCAUUUAUUUGUGACUUAGAACUAAAAACAUCCCCUAUGUCCCAAAGGUGGAAUACAACCAGAGGUCUCAUCUC